AUGCCAGCCUACACAACCUCCACCGCCAAACGUUCCCGCCGUUCCCGCGCCUCCGCGCAUAGCAGACACUCAAUCCGUCCAUCUUCCCACCCCCAAUCCGAAGAAGACGACUGUCCCUUCUGUCUAAUCUCCCGUUCCAACCCUCCACGAGCCCAAAUAACCCCCUACGCGGCCCCAUCGACAGCCUCACCAACCCACAACCGCGAAACAACCCACAUGAUCCUAUCAACACCGCAAGUAAUCGGGUUCUUGGAUAUAAUGCCAUUAUCACCAGGACACGUAUUAUUAACGCCUCGACACCAUGCCGAGAAGAUUAUGGAUUUGACGCCGGAGGAAGGAGCGAGUUUGGGAGCUUGGUUACCGAUUAUUACGAGGGCGGUUAGUAGGGCUAUGCAGGUUGAUGAUUUGAAUGUGGUGCAGAAUAAUGGUAUGGAUAGCGAAACUCCUGAAGAUUGUAGAGUGAAUGUUGGGUGGGGGAGGAAGGUUUUUGAUGAGGUUAAGGAGAAGGUGGAGGGGGUGUUUAUGGGUGAUGGCGCAAGAGCAAGUCAAGUCGUCAAGCACGUUCAUUACCAUAUCAUCCCACGACCGGAAUCGCAUACGGCUUCUAGAGCAUGGACUAUGUUCGGAAAAGGACAACGAUCCGAUUUGGACGACGAUGAGGCGGCGUUAAUCGCUGCUAGGAUCAGGCAGGAGAUCGCAUGGGAGAUGGAAAGGAUGGGGAACAGUACCGACGCGCCUGUGUUCAGGACGACGGUUUUGGCACCGAAGUUGUAG